AUGGAGAACGUGAGGAGUGCGACGUGUGACCUGCUUAUUUUCCAUCUGGGUCACUGUGAAAACGUGGAGGCCUGUAUGAUGUCGGAAAAGGCGGUAGUCCUGAGCGCCCUCGCCACCGGGGCUGUGUUUAAAAGAGCCUUGUCGUGGUUACGAAAGAGACGUCGAGAAAAGUUCAUUUAUGUCGGCGAUGUGUCUGGACUUUGGUUGUAUCCAGUGAAAUCAUGCAGACCGACAGCCAUAGACAGAGCCGAAUGUACGGAUACUGGUUUGGCCACAAACGCAGUGACCGACAGGCAUUGGGUCGUUGUUGACAACAAUGGUUCUUUUAUCAGUCAACGGAAAGAGCCAACAAUGGCCCUCAUCCAGACGCGCAUCCUGAACAAGGAAAUAGAGUUGUCUGCCCCUGGUGUGGCAUCAUUACUAUUGAGGGCAGAUGAACCUGAAGCUUCCGGGAAAAUGUCAAAAUGCCGGGUAUGGGACGAUCAUGUGACGGCCAUGGAUUGUGGGGACAAGGCUGGAGCCUGGGUCAGCAGGUACCUUGGCAUGGAGGGAUGUCGUCUAAUGAUGUACAUACCACAGAUCACCCAGAGGCAGGUUAGCGACAAGGUUAGGGCUUGGAAGACGUACGCUAGAGAUACCGAUAAGGCAAGCUUCGGUGAUUACUGUUCCUACUUCCUGUGUUCUGAAGAAUCAUUGGCUGACCUUAACACCCGGCUGGAUACACACGUGACCAUGAUGACAUUCCGUCCUAACAUUGUUGUCAAGGGUUGCUCAGCUUACGCCGAGGAUGACUGGAUGGAGGUGAAGAUUGGAGAUGACGUGGUUCUCCGAUACCUGGACGCCUGCCCUAGGUGUACCCUGACCACAGUGGAUCCAUACCGCGGUGUGAAGAACCCUGACCAGGAGCCGUUGAAGACACUCCGCAGCUUCCGUCUUCAACCUGAAAAAUAUGGAAAUUCUCCCUUAUUCGGAACUUAUCUUGGACUAGAACAUGGAGGUACUGUGAAGGUUGGGGAUCCAGUGUAUGCCUUACCCUGGCCGAAAACACCUUGACUUUGGAGACGUUUUAAUGACCUAAUUCAUCUUUUUGGAAGACAAUUGGCGCAACAGCGUAUUGAUUGAUGCCAAUGAUAACACAGGAGUGUUAUUGCAAGUUGACAGAGACUCAUCAGACAACUUUACACAUGACAUUACUGUGUAAUGGCAACGAGAGAAUUUCGUCUUUUAACACAGCAAUAAGAUAUGGGUAUAUUGAAUAUAAAAAAUGUCUCUUCUAUGAACUUUUAUUUUAAGAGGUAUUGUAGUGUAAAGAGGUUAUCGUGUCUUUCAUGGUUUUACUGGAAGAUUUCAUGCAAGAGGCUGUUGUCAAUUAGCUACAACAGUCAGUUACUUAAGAGGAGUGGUGUCACAGUCAUUGCAUUAAGUCUUGUGUUCCAGGCCCCGCAGCGACUCAACGCUGGUUUUCUCUGGGCUUUUUGCGCCAACCAUACGCCUAACAUCCGUUUCAUACGUGAUGUAUUUAAGAAAACAAAGAGCUAAAAAGAAAGCAAAGAACGCGGGAUGUUCUUCUUUGCCAUACACCGCUCAUGACUUAACAAACAUCAUCUAAAUGCUAAGAUUUUUUUUCACUUAUCAGCAUUUUUCCUCCACAAAUGUUAAUACUUGAGCAGUUGAUAUAUCCAUUUGGUAAUCAAUAAAGCCAUUGAGUAAAGCAGAUGAUAACCGCCUAUCGACUGCUUGGCACUCUACUAUAUAAUUUGCUGUCGAGUGGAACGUCACGAUGAUGCCCCAGUGUGAAUAUGCCACAGUAAAAGUUUGAUGCUAUGCUAAAACAAAUCAU